UUAUUUAUUUUUUAUUUUUUAACUUUUCGGUUGCAGUUAGUAGUAAGUUUAUCACGAAUUUAUUAAUGAAAACCGGGAAAAUUCGACUUCUUUUUUCUUUGGUGAAUUUCAAACGAAAAACACGAUGAAAAGAACAAAAGUCCCUAAAAAAUGUGCAAAUCCACUUUUCGAAGAAUGGCUAACAGAGUGGAGAGAGGAAGCUGUAAUUCAAAGGAAAGAAAAAUUGCAACUUUGCUUUACAAGAGCAAUUUCUUCACUGAGAAAAUAUCCCUUGCCACUCGCGAGAGGAAAAGACUGUAUUAUUUUGCAAUAUUUUGGUCCAAAAGUUUGUACCAUGCUAGACAAGAGGCUUGAUCAGCAUUUAAAAGUUAGCAAUAUUGAUUUACAAACUUUAGAUUCAGACGAUGAGAGUGGGAAUACUGCACCAAAGAAAUCUCGAAAGGAUAAUAAACCGAAAAAGAACAAUGAUUCAAAAAAUGGAAAGGUGACCUCUGAAAGGCCCUUUAUUCCAAAAUCUGGAUCAGCCUCCCACUCUCUUUUAAUUGCCUUGUAUAGAAAAUCUUUAACCCCGGAUUAUGCAGGGUACAUGAAUAAGGCAGAACUUCAAAGGGAAGCACAGCCCUUUAGUGAUUGUUCUUUAACAAAAUCAUUCGACGACUCUUUUUACACAGGCUGGUCGUCAAUGUCGACCCUUACAGAAAAGGGUUUAGUGCUGAAAACAAACUCUCCUGCAAGGUAUAGUCUUACAGAUUCAGGCUUAGCUCUCGCGAAAGCUUUAUCAGAGAAAGAACAACCUGAAUCGUCGGAAACAAUUCUCGAGUCGUCUUUUCUCGGUAAAGAAAAUGCCGAACCAGAUUUACUUCUAGAAAAACCACGGGAACAUGCUUUUUCGGCUUUCGCCUUAAAUUAUUGUAAUACUGAGGACCACGAUAUUCCAAUGACUUCAAAAGUAACAUCAAAUGAGGAAGUUGAAAUCAUCGAUUUAGAUAUUUACGAGGAAAUGGAAACGAGAAGUUCUAGCAUGAGUUUAGAACCUUCAAUUUUUGAUCCAACUCUUAAAAAUGUAAUCGAAUGGCCGAAAAAAAUAACGCAUGAAAGCGAAAAAGAACUUGAAAAGCCUUCACAAACUGAACCGAAAACAAAGAUAAAUGUAAACGGUAAACAAAAGAAAUCUGAAAAGGUUCCGGAAACUUCAGGACCAAUUUUUAUUUUAGAGCCUAAUUCCUUUGAUGUGAUUUUAUUAGUCGAUGUUCAAGAAACCAGUGGAAAAGCGAAACAAAAGGAUGAUGCGACAAUUGCAGAAUUGAAUCAAUUUAAAGUGCAAUUCGAAAUUCGGCACUUGAAAGUUGGAGACUUCGCAUGGAUCGCAAGAUGCCGGAAAACUAAUAACGAAUUGAUUCUGCCACAUAUUGUCGAAAGGAAACGAAUUGAUGAUUUAGACAAAAGUAUACAGGAUGGAAGGUUCCAUGAACAAAAGUUUCGGCUAAAACAAUCGGGAAUAAAAAAUCUGAUAUACAUGGUGGAGAGCUAUGGCAAAAAUGUACGUACAGGAAUUCCUCUCAAAUCACUUCUACAGGCUGCAGUUAAUUCUUUAGUCCAGGACGGCUUCAUUCUUAAACUUACAAACGAUCACAAAAAUUCGAUGAUGUAUCUCGCAACAUUAACUGAUUUACUGAGAAAGGUUUACUCGAAAAAGCGAUUAUCGAGUGGCGAAAAGGAAAAUCUGGACUCAGUGGAUCUCUGCAAUGAUUCCGAACCUCUGAUGGAAUUUAAUAAGUUCAACAAAAGCUCCUCGAAAGUAAAAAUUUUGAAAGUGAAAGAAAUGCUUGUACGACAACUCUUACAAAUAAAAGGCAUCUCUCUCGAAAAGGCACUAGCGAUAGUGGAAUUAUAUCCAACUCCAAAGCUACUUUUCAGUGCCUUAAACAAAGCGGGCGGAAAUGGAGAAAAAUUGCUCGCCCCUUUGCAAUACGGAUUGAGUAAACGACAAAUUGGACCUGCAUGCAGCAAAAUUAUUUACCAAUUCUACACACAGAGAGUGCUCAACUGAUUUAAUUUUCAAAUUAAAAGUGUACAAUCUCGCAUGAAAAGAGUUCACAAAUACUUCAUUUUUGAAGGAAGAAGUAUAUUUUUAAGUCAGAAAAUUUUUUCGAGAGCAUGCCUAAUUUUUUUUCAAUAUAAAAUGAAAUAAAAAUUAUUU